AUGGCCUCCAUUGCAAGGACCAGCUGCACCUCCGCCCCAAACCAGAAGCACAGAGGCAGUAACCAACGCUGCAGGCGGAGCUGCAGCACUGUGGAUGCAGAUUCCCAAUCUCUGUCUACACUGGGAUACUUUAAAACACUGCCAUUAGAGAUCUUCCAAAUGCUGCUGAGCUAUCUCUCAGUGAAGGACAUCAGUGUGCUGAGCAUGGUGUCAAAAGCCAUCAGCAACCGCCUCGUUAAUUACAUCUCAACCCCAUCAGGAAACCGAAGGCUGUUACUGCAAGACUUCCAUGACAUCAAGCUGCCUGGCAAGAGGGAUGGAUCCUGCAUAAUAGAGCACUACAAAUCUCUAGGGCUGUUGCUUAAGAGAUGCACCCUUCUGUUGCCUACCAAAGACAGGCUGAAGUACGUGCACAAGGUUCUCUCUGAAGUUUCCUGCUUUAAACUCAGCGGCUGUCCGAGUCCCCUGCACUGUGUAGGAUUGCAAUGCUAUGGGGUAUUUUUGCAGAUCCUAAUAGCAGGCUGGGAUGAGUUGGAGUGUCACCGGGUCUUCAACUUCCUCUGUGAGCUCAGCAAUUUGCCCCGUAAAGUGCAGGCAGUCGUCAGCUGCAAGCCAGGAAGCGCCAGGAAGCUGGAGCUGAGGAUCAGGCUGUACUGCAGGAGCGUCCUGCUGACCCACUGGGCUCAUCGUGGUGAUUCUGCCUUCUGGUUGACUCGCAUUUUAAAGCCGUGGCCAAUGGUCAACCAAGCUCGCCUGCUGUACAUCAUCUUUGGGCCAGUGUCCCCCCUUGAUGGACACGUGGUUUGGCAGAAGAUGAUAGAAGGACCAACAGAUGAGACCAGUCUGAAAGGUUUAGCAGAUGCCAUUAAGCUCCUGUACGAUGCAGAAGCAAGAGAGUGGACAGCAGACGAUGUUAUCAGCCUUGUGGAUGAGCUGUCAGUGGUUCCCCGCGAGUGGCUGCUGGAGAACAACGCUCGGCUCCUCAUCCUGAGUGGAAACAACAUUUGCUUCACUUUCAUGGCCAGCAAAGCAGUGAAUGGAAGAGCUGUGGAGUUGGCCAGACUCGUGGUCUUCCUGGCCUUGGUGUGUGAGAAGGACCUGUACUGCAUGGACUGGGCGGUAAAAAUGAUGCAGAAGGUCUGCAAAGUUUUCAGCACCCCGGGAGAGAGAAACAUCUUCCUGCAGAGCGUGGAGAACGCCUUUGCUCACAUGGUCAUGGACACGCUGCAGGCAGUGCUGGCCGGGAAUCGUGACCAAGAGGACGUCAGCUUCCUGAACCUGUUCCACCUCGUGAACGCACAAGCGAACUUCCACAAGGAAAUUCUCUACCUGGCCAUGAGAAGCAGCAGCAGCUCCAUUUGA